AUGGACUCCAGGUCGGAGGAGGCCCAGAGAGAGCCGCGCGCUGAUGAGACCCAGGAAGCAUCGCAGGUCAUUGGCCCAGCUACAGGUGGAGGUGCAGAGCCACCACCUUCACCGCCACGACAGCCAUCUGGCAGCUCCGAUAUCCAAGGCCGAAGGGAAAAUCGAUUGUCCAAUAGCUCUAGCGAGUCCGAAGAAAGCUCUACUUCCUCGCCCCGAGACCGUUCAGACAGCCCAGGGAGGGCAGCAACAGAAUUGCACGAAGCCACACAACAAGCACCAGCUCAACAGCCUGCACCGCAGGAAAUGGCACAGGCAGGCGGACCUCAAGCUGAAGCCGAAACUCGCAACGUCCAGCGCUACAGACCUUUCAUGGGUAAUGGCGACGGACUGGAAUUUAUCCACGACGUGUGGGCUGAGACUAAUGUCAAUGGGCGCCUUUUGGUUCUUGGAAGAGUACAGCAUAGUACUGAAUUCGCAUGGCGUUGGGUAGACGACCGGACCGCGCCUCAAUUCUCUCUGGCGCAGUGGGAAACGCUGCUCGGCUACUCCAUCAUCUAUCAUCAUGGGGAGGUUGCCGAACUCCGAGAGACAAUCCGUGAGGAUCGUCUGGAAGAAUUUCGACGGAUUGCAGCCCGAGAUGAGCUACGAGCCAUGUUCGACUGUGCUGCCUACCCAGCCCUGCCAGAUGAUGAGUUGGACCAGCUCUUGGAGCGCUCCAACUGGAACGCGCAAAUCGUCUACGACGCGUGGCAAGACUGCCUUAAGCCCAUCCCUUCUGUGGAGGUUGAUGAUGCCCCAAGCAAUCAAGAUGCCUAUGCAGAGCAGACCGUGGCUCAUGGCGAUUCUGGCUCCGGUGCAGACGGCAGAACAUCACUACAAGCCCAACGCACACCGAUACGGUCUUUGGAACACUCAGCAUCACCAUCAGCUACUCGUACAACAACUGUUGACCCCGAUCUACAGGUUCUCCUUGAGCGUAAUACGGGUAUGCCAGCACAUAUACAAGAGCUGAUGGACCGCGAGCUACGGCAAAGGGACGAAGAGGCCGAACGACAGCGACUUCAGCGUGAACGCCGAGGGGAUCCUCAAAGCGUAGACGAGGAGGACCUCGUAGAAAUUGGCGGCACCGAAAAUGAAGGUCAAACAAAAGCCAAUGGUGGCGGCCGAACGGAAAGACUGGAUAAACGAGAAGCGGAACGAGUACGCCGCAAACAGUCACUCGAAGACCGACAACGUCAAGAAGAGGUGGAGGAAUCCGAGCGCGCCCGACAAGAGAGCAUCCGGGAUUAUGUACGCCAGCAGCGCGAACAUGAGUUUCUCGAGAGCCGCAAGGCAGCUGAACGUGAACGACUCGAACGAGACCGCGCAGUUCGACGCCUGGCCGGAAAGUAUGACGACCAAGAGAAUGGAGUCGCCGCCAGUGCUGGAGACCUGUCGGCCGAUGAAGGCCAGCAAACAGGCGAGGUCACUGGUGAGGAGCCAGCUCAAGAAGAAGAACAGCAACCAGACGGGGUUGCCGGAGUGGAACCACCACAAGAGGAAGAGCAACAACCAGACAACGUCGUCGACGAGGAACCACCUCGAGAAGAAGAAGAAGAGGAGCAGCAACCUGCACCUCGCGUCAAAAGGAGGAAGGGUAACGACGGCCGAGCCGUACCACCACCACCAGUUCAAAUCCGCACGAGACCCCAUACUCGAAGCAUGGGCCCACCAACCGAGAGUGCCCACCACAUGCGCCUACGACCCAGGCCGAGACCGACAGCCUCAUCGUCUGCGGCUGCUCUCAGAGGGUCCGGCAACGCUCCGGCGCCUUCGAGGCGAGGCCGUGGCCGCGGCCGUGCUGGCAGAUCAGGCGCUGGCACAGGCACAACAAGAAGCAGAGCCAGUGGUAGAAAGACAAGCACCAGGACCACGACCACGACCAAGACCAAGGAUAAACCUCGAAGCAAGAACGGUGUGCUGAAGAAGGCCAAGACGGCCAAGAAGUCGACCACUACCACGCGCCGGACCUGA